CCAGUAGAAGUCCAGGUCUUGCAUCUGCAUUUACUUGCUACGUCUUAGUUAACAAGCGAACUAGCAACUAUGCAGUUGAGCGCACGUUGCCAGCUUUCGGCCAAGUGCCAUACAGCCAGGCCUUCUUCUCGCAAGGGACUGGUUGUGCGCGCACAAUACUUCGACAAUGCUUCCGUCGGCUCCAAGGUGGAGCGCUGGCUAAAGACGCCGUUUGACGUUUUGGCAUUUGGGCCCAGGGCUGGAGCAGGGGCUCUUCUCUCCAUGCCCGAGCGCUUGCAAACUUUGCAAGCGGACGUCGAGAAGGCCGUGGAGCUGCUUCAGGACCCGCGUCCUCUGGAGGAGAAGCAAGCGGUCUUGCUGAAGGAAGUCGAGGAGACGCUGGUUGGCUUUCUAGAGAAGGGUGCCACGGUUGAGUCCGACGUCCUUGCGAACGUCAAGACGAUUCUGCCUCCUGAGGCGGCCAGUCUUCUAAAUGAGCUCAUUCCGGAGCCGCCCAGCAAGCAGCCCAAUGUGGUGUCCGUGGAGCCGAUGGAUGUCGCCUCGCAGCCGCCUGUUACCUACUACCAGGCGGAUGUGAUGGCCAACCAAGUAGCCGCCGAGAUGACGGAGAUCAAGAACGCGGUGUCGGGCCUCAAAGCCGCCCUGGACGCGGUGCGCAACAACACCGAGGCGGCCAACACCAACAUCAUGCGGCUCAACCUGAAGGAGGCGCGGGACCAGCUGGCUCGCCGGGUGUCGGAGGUGUCGACGCAGACCGAGUCGGACCCCUCCAUCAGCGCCGCCACGCGGGAGGCGCGGAUCCUGCUGGAGGAGGUGGACAGCUGCUUCUUCUCGUGAAGAGGAGGGGGAGGAGGACGAAAGGGAGGAGCGAGCCAUGGUUUCACGGCUGCUUGAACACGGGCACGAAGGAGGUGGAUAGUCGGCUCCGCCUCCAACUCGGAUGACCCAUGGGUCGCCACUUGGUUGCUUGAGGAUGAUGGCUGGGUUGCUUGCAGUCCGCCUUUGCGUGCAUGAUUCUUCCUAGUGACGGGGAUGCAAAACGUUGGGUGGUGGCUCCAGGCGUGAGCAUACGUUUGGCGAGGAGCUAAGGGGCUUGUGAUACUGGGUGGUUGUUUAGGUAUGUUUCGUUGCGCCUGUGGAUGGGCAAUAAUCAGGCGGGUGUAUGGAGUGCCGUACACAUUGCCUGCGAACAUGUGCGCAUUGCACACACCAUGUGUUACUCGGGAUACAGAGAUGUUUGACAAAGAGGCGCUUGUCCCAAGGUCUCUGGUGAUGCUGUGGUAGAUGGAUAAAACUUGAACAAAGGAGCUUGGUCCGUAUAUGCCGGUCGGCCCGUAUAUGCCGGUCGGCUUUAUUCGUAUAAUUUGCGAGGAGAGACAAUCAGUUGGUUAGUUGUGUGUGUACAUUACAUACAUGAAAUAUGAUAAUGUUCAUCACAUCGCCGGGCAUUCCCUGGCGAGGUGAGUGGUUGCUGGCAUGCUGCCUGGGCCCAUCUUGGCCUCUGUGGUGCAGCAGCAGCACCGCAAGCGCGCAUGCAUGCUCCCCAGAUAAAUCUGGUAACCUGCCGUAGCUACCUUCCCGUGUCGCCUCUUGCUCCCAUGCGCACCUCUUGCACGCAACCAUGAGGCUUCGUCUCCUUCGGCUGUCGGUUCCUGCCCGCAUGUGACACACCAGCACGUGAUGUCAAACGAAGGCUUGUUGAGCACGUGUGUGUGGGGGGUGGGUGGGCUGUGCAUCGCGCCAUAGCCGUCCUUUGCCGACUGGGUUGUUUGGGACGGCUGGCUGGUAUUGCUGGCGUUGGAAUGGAAGCAGAUGUGUCGGGAAUUAGGGAGGCGCUGCUUGGAUGCGGACUAGACAUUCCGGGCUUGGUUCGUGUAUGGCUGUGGAUGAGGAGGUCGCGUGUAUGGUAUAGCUACAAACGCGCGCUGCUGUGUUCCAAGGUCGUACGCGUCAAGUCACUACUCGAUAUCGUACCUGGGAUCCCCUCUAUAGCCCACAUGCAUUGGCACCUU